AUGAAUAACAACACCUCUGUUUUAACGCAAAAGUUUUAUGAUCGGGCGGUGAUUGUACAGAUUCUGGUGGGUGCCUUUCUUUGCAUCAACUCCAUGCUGAUUGCAACUUUUUUCACUAAGGACAUCUUCUACACAAACAUGCGCUACAUUUUGUUUGCCAAUGCAUUGUUUUCUGAUUGCAUAAAUUUAAUAACGACAAAUGUGCUGUUGCUCUUAGUCAGCUUUUCUUUCCCUUUACAAACAUGGUCAUGCCUUUUCUUUUUCAUUCUGUCGUCUAUGUAUAAUUAUGUCACUCCUCUGACUCUGACAGCGAUGAGCCUGGAGCGCUACGUGGCUAUCUGCAUGCCACUGCGUCAUGCAGAGCUGUGCACUGCAGGCACAGCCCUGCAGGUCGUCCUCGUCAUUCACAGCCUCAGCAUCAUACCCUCCACUGUGGUUCUUAUCAUCUUCUUUUCCUCGGUCGCUGUGAGCUUCUUUAAACAAUAUGCACUGUGCACUGCACAAGUGUUCAUUUCACACAGGUGGCAGGAUCAUGUUAGGUCUGGGGUCAGUCAGUUUUACUUCCUGGUCAUGUGCGUCCUCAUCGCUUUCUCCUACGUUCAAAUAAUGAAAGUGGCCAAAGCUGCAUCUGGUGAAAACAAAGAGUCGACACGAAAAGGACUCAGAACUGUGAUCCUUCAUGCUUUCCAGCUGCUUCUCUGUCUCAUCCAGCUGUGGACCCCCUUCAUUGAAGCUGCUGUUCUUCAGAUUGACCUUAAUUUAUAUGUAAAUGUUAGAUACUUUAAUUACAUCUGUUUAAAUCUUGCGCCACGCUGCCUCAGUCCUCUUAUCUACGGCCUCAGGGACGAGGCGUUUUUAGUCACUCUGAAGCAUUACAUGCUCUGUGGACUAAGUAAAACAAACUGA